UUGCGCGUGGGUGCGAGCAGAGCUUUUCAUAUGGACAUAUAGCUGUCUGAUAGUUACUAGUCUCUUUUUCACUUUAAAGAGGAUUUGAGUCCAUUGCACGCAAAUAAAGUGCUCACGAAGGAGCUGCAUGAAGUUCGUUGAGUUCACAAGACCAGAGAAUUCAUCAUCAUCAUCAUCAUCAUCAUCUCUUCAUAAUACUGAUCAUUAAUUUUUAAUCCAUAAUUUAACAGACAUGAAGGAAACAGAAACUAUUGCUCUUUGUGUGCUGUUCCUCUUUUUCUCCUCUUCUUUCAUACAAGGUGAAAAUGAUCCCAUCUUAACCACAUCUGCUCAAAACUUGUCCUCCACCUCCUCACCUCCCCAGAGAUCCUCCACUGCAAAGCCAGAAUCUCUUUCAAGCCCUCUACUUCUCACGAUUUCCUCCAAGGUAGAUAGCAGAGCUAUAGCAGAUCUCUCUGCUAACAGCACCCUCAGCCAGAGCUCUAAUGAUACAGCAAACAGCACAGCUCCAGGUUUUCCUAUAGGAACUGCUGAACCACCAGUGAAUACUCUUGCACCUAUGAACAGUACAACUGUUCCAGGAAACCUAACAGACAACCAAGAACAGUCUAAUCUUUCAGCCGGAGAUAACCAGACCUCAACAGCAUCCAAUACGACACUGUCCGCCACCACACCUCUGCCCAAAGGCGAGCCUAAAACGAGCGCAUCGGCUCCUUCUACACACUCCCAGACUCUUUCUGCCUCCACGAAGCCUCAGAUUACCACCAGCCCAUUGGAAAUAACAACUCAAAGCAGGGGCAAAUCAUCAACUGUUUCCACCAAAGGCACAUCUGCUCCAACCACCAAAACCACCACUACAACUACCACCACAACCACUAUAACUACCCAGACAACAGAGUUUAACAGCACUCCUGUCCUGGCUAAAGCUCGUGUAGACACCCUUCCUGAGCUGAACGUUGGAGACGACACUGACUACUCUGGUACAUCAGUGGAUCCCCUCUUGGCUGGUCUGGUGUCUGUGUUUAUCGUGACUGCUGCCAUUGUCUCUCUUCUAAUUUUCAUGAAAUUCAGACACAGGAACGAGCGUCCAGAAUUCCGUCGACUCCAGGAUCUCCCCAUGGAUGAUAUGAUGGAAGACACGCCUCUCUCCAUGUACAGCUACUGACUGGUCAUGAGAAACCCUUCAAAAGCCUCGAACAGCACCCAGGCUUCCUCUGAGCUCUGUCAUCGCAAACACCGAUCUAUUUGAAAUUUUCAUGAUUUGUCCAGGUCCUAAACUGAAACAUGAGCUUAAUUAUCCAGUCAUGAGUUUGCAUUAGGAUCUGAACAAGGCCCGGAUUGAACAGCUCUGAUUUUGGGAGCUUUUAAACCGUCGCUUUUUUUAUUUGAAUGCAGAAUGUCACACAGUCCUGCGCUAUAAAGGAGUGAGUCUUCUGUGUCUUAAAACGUGCAAACAAGGUCAGAGGCUUUAGGGCUACUGACCCUCUUGGGGGGCCUCAUUCCAUUUUAAACAGGCAGAGGGACUAAUAAUGGUGUAUUAAUAUUUGAUAUUUCUUUUAAACAGGAAACCAAGGCUUACUGACUAAAUUUGUCUGUAUCAUUUUACCAUAAAUCCCUCACAGUGAGGGUGCAUGAUGUAUUUAAAUCCAUUUCCGUGCAAAACCCAUUACAGACUGAAAUUUUACACAAAUUCUCAGACUAAAUCCUAGACCUUGCUUAUUUCGUCAAAUGUGUUAGGGAUAACCAAAAAUGAAGACCAAAGGAGUAAUGUGCCUUUAAUGCAAACUUUUCAGCUCCUGGUCAGCUAUUGUUGCGUGUGUGAGUGAGAUUAGUGUUUUGUGUUUUAUUGCAAUUUCAUAACUUUUAAUACCACAAACGAAACUAAUUGAUGCAGAAUAGCAAUUGUGAAAUAGUAACUGUUUGCUCUGAGAUGUUAAUGGGACCCUAUACGAGUGCUUUAUUAAAGACAAGGUCCCUUGAAAGGUAAAUACUGUAUGUCAAGCCUGUAAAUAAGACUCCUAGACAGUGCUAACUAUAAAACAUAAAUAUCUGGCAUGGUAGAAGUGCCUAAUUUUUUAGUGUCUUGUUAAUUUUGCCUCCCCCCCCCCGAUUAGUUACUGGGAAAGGCUUGGGGAAGCUAUGGCCUAAUGGUUAGAGAAGCAUCCUUGGGAUGAAAAGGUUGCUGGUUUGAUUCCUUCAACCAACAGGAAUGGCUGACGUGCCCUUGAGCAAGGCACUGCUCCCCAGGCUGCUAUGGGUUUGCUGUAUAUCACUCUGGAUAAGAGUGUCUGCUAAAUGCUUGUAAUGUUAAGGCUAAUCUAAAGUCAUUGCUCAGUAAACAUUUCCCCAUUCGCUGGUUAGUUUUGCAGAUUUUAAAAUAUUUAUAUGUAAAACUGCUCAGAUGUCGGGUUUUGAAAAACUUCUGACUAGUAGUGCGUGUGUGUUGCCGAUGUGGCUCUUUACAUGACUUAUCUAGUAGGAGAGAUGAUCAAUACAGCCUGGGUUGUUUUUUUUUGUUUUUGUUUUUUUCCAAAUAUGUAUAAA